AGUUGGCGUGAGGGGCUGUAGGAGCUUGGGGGCCGGUGGCAGGAGCAGGUCCUUUCCGACCCCAUGGAGCUCUAUGAGACGUCCCCCUACUUCUACCAGGAGCCCCACUUCUAUGACGGGGAGAGCUACCUGCCAGUCCACCUGCAGGCCUUCGAGCCGCCGGGCUACGAGCGGACUGAGCUCAGCCUGAGCCCCGAGGCCCGGGGGCCCCUCGAAGACAAGGGGUUGGGGACCCCCGAGCACUGCCUGGGCCAGUGCCUGCCGUGGGCGUGCAAGGUGUGUAAGAGGAAGUCGGUGUCGGUGGACCGGCGGCGCGCGGCCACGCUGAGGGAAAAGCGCAGGCUCAAGAAAGUGAACGAGGCCUUCGAGGCCCUGAAGAGGAGCACCCUGCUCAACCCCAACCAGCGGCUGCCCAAGGUGGAGAUCCUGCGCAGCGCCAUCCAGUACAUCGAGCGCCUGCAGGCCCUGCUCAGCUCCCUCAACCAGGAGGAGCGGGACCUCCGCUACCGGGGCGGGGGCGGGCCCCAGCCGGGGGUGCCCAGUGACUGCAGCUCCCACAGUGCCUCCUGCAGCCCCGAGUGGGGCAGCACCCUGGAGUUCGGCCCCAGCCCCGGGGACCACUUGCUCGCCACCGACCCCUCGGACGCCCACAACCUGCACUCUCUCACGUCCAUCGUGGACAGCAUCACGGUGGAAGACGUCUCUGCGGCCUUUCCGGAUGAAGCCAUGCCCAACUGAGGGCGCCCGUGAGCGUCCCCCCCUACCCCCCGCUGGCCGCAGACGCCUUCCUAAGCCGGGCUGUCCUGAUGCCAGAGAGCCAGCCCGGGGCUGCCAAGCGCCAGUCUCCCCCCCCCAUCCAUAUAAGGCCAAGUCACCGUCCCCCCAGAGGGGUGGCCGCUCUCCCAGCUGACUCCUGAGGGCAAGGAGCAGCCUGUCUCCAGGGAGAUAAGCAGGGACCAGAGGGCCCCUCGUGUGCCCCGUGUGUGCCCCAGGUCAGGGGCCAGACUCAGGAGCUCCCCUUUGUUCCUGAUGCUCCACCUCCUCCCUCGAUAGAGACUGCGAGAGGCGAGCUGGUCCUGACCAGGACGAGCUGUGCGCCUCCCGCGCUUGUCCCUCCCGAUGCCAGCGGCUGGGCUGGGCCUGCCCUGCACUGGGAGACAAGGGAGGGGGACGAUCCUGCUCCUGGGUCCCGGGGGGGUGGGGUGGGGCAAGCUUUGCAGUGAAUCCUGGGAAACUUCCAGUGGUUUCAUGUCUUGUGUUUGCGAUGCUGCCAUCUGACCAAGGUCUCCUGCGUACGAGUUGCCAGGGACAGGCAGGGAGGGGGGCAGGGGUCUUGGGUGAUUUCCUUUCUUAACUAAGCAUCGUGUGGUUUUGACAUUGUUUUGUAAUUUUUUUUGCUAACUUAUUUGGAUUUCUUUUUUAAAAAAUGAAUAAAGA